UUGACACUUCAACUUGCCGUGCACUACGUUAGUUGAUUCAGGCAGUCUCACACUCUGGCCAAACGCUGUGCGCUGCUUCCCCCCCAUAUUUACUAGUUAGCUAGUGUUUGCGAAGUAGAAAGGAGAGAAAUAGCACGCGCCUUCUUCAGUCAGGCACGAGGAUUUUUUGUUCGGGUUUUCCGGCGCCGUGCUUUUUGACUGGAUCUGAAACUAACAAUGGAGCAGUCACUCCGCUACUAAAGAAGAAACAGCCAAGUAGCGCGCGCGCGAGCGAGCGGCUCAGCGGAGAGCUCGGGCUGGAAACGAGGGGCUUUUCGGGCUUCACCCCGGCUGGGAGGUAGAACAACGGCUCUCGCGCGGUUCAGGACGAGUGUGUGCGGUGGAGCCCAGUGUAGAGCUGAGCCUGGAGAGGGACCUCCCCCACGGACUAUAUGACGGGAGGGGAGGGGGAGGGGGGGCUGCCUACAAGACGACACGCCUGCAGACCAAACAGACCACCUCUAUGAUUGAUGAGGAUAUAGGAGUGGAUUUGCUAAACACUAAACAAAGAAACCUACUGCAUCCUCUGGGAGAAGAACUUUAAUGGCUUCCAGGUAGAGAGAAAGAGACAGCAAUCAAGAUGAACUCGAUUCCUUCGAUGGACAGGCACAUACAGCAGACCAAUGACAGACUGCUGUGCAUCAAACAGCACUUACAGAACCCAGCCAAUUUCCAGACAGCCGCCACAGAGCUACUGGACUGGUGUGGUGACCCGCGAGCCUUCCAGAGACCCUUCGAGCAGAGCCUGAUGGGAUGUCUGACGGUGGUGAGUCGUGUUGCGGCGCAGCAGGGUUUUGACCUGGACCUGGGCUACCGGCUCCUGGCUGUGUGUGCAGCCAACCGCGACAAGUUCACCCCAAAGUCAGCAGAAACCAACACCUGCAGGAGAUGUCAAAGUGACUCAGCUCUUCUGUCAUCCUGGUGCGAGGAGCUGGGUCGGCUGCUCCUGCUGCGGCACCAGAAGAAUCGGCAGAGCGAGCCUCAGGGCAAAGUGCCCAUGCAGCCACCCAUGAACUCCAUGAAGCCCUCACUUUCCCACAGUGAUGGGCCUUUUCCAUACGACUCCGUUCCGUGGCAGCAAAACACCAACCAGGCCCCAGGCUCGUUGUCAGUGGUCACAACGGUGUGGGGGGUUACCAAUACAUCGCAAAGUCAGGUAUUGGGUAACCCCAUGGCCAACACCAACAACCCAAUGAACCCUGGAGGCAACGGAAUAGGGUCCGGCAUGUCAGCCAGCAACCCCGGGAUCAACUCCCCUCAGUUCCCCGGCCAACAGCAACAGUUCUCAGCCAAAGGGGGCUCCAACCAGGCCUACAUGCAGCAGGGCAUGUACGGACGAGCGGGGCACCCCGGAGCCGGAGGCUUCAGUGGGAGCUACCCGGGUGGUCCGAACGCUCCAGGUGGAAUAGGCAUGCCUCCUCACACCCGGCCGCCGUCGGACUUUACCCAGCCCGCUGCUGCGGCCGCCGCAGCUGCUGUCGCCGCAGCCGCUGCCACGGCGACAGCUACUGCCACGGCCACAGUGGCCGCCCUGCAGGAGACCAACAAGGACAUGAACCAGUACGGCCAGAUGUGCUCCUCAUUUCAGAUGGGAGCCACGCAGGGCUACAGUAACCAGUUCAUGAACCAGCCCGGACCCCGGGGUCCCCCGGCCAUGGGAGGAGGCAUGAACCCAGCUGGCAUGGGCGCCGGUAUGAACAGUUCCAACCUGAGUGGGCCGCCAAUGGGUAUGAACCAGCCCCGCCCUGCAGGGAUGGGUCCUUUCGUAGGGCAUGCUCAGAGGAUGCCCCAGCAGGGUUAUCCUGGCCCCAGGCCCCAGUCUAUGCCCAUGCAGGGCACCAAAAGGCCCUACCCUGGAGAGGUGAGACAUGAGAAAACAGAGCCGAACUAUGGUGGCCAGCAGUUUGGACCUAACGGUCAGUUUCCUAACCAGCAAGGGCAGUACCCUAACCCAAACGCCUCCAGAGCACUGCCCUCACCUAACUACCCUGGUCAGAGGAUGCCAGUCCAACAGGGCUCUGGCCAGUAUCCCCCUUCAGGAGUGGGCAUGGGACAAUAUUACAAGCAAGAGCCAUUCAAUGGACAGAGUAACAAUUUUUCUGGAGGCGGUUAUGCCUACAGUCAAGGCAAUGGGCCACCUCGGCAAGUUGUGAACUACCCUCACUCGCCAGUCCCUGGCAACCCCACCCCACCCAUGACUCCUGGCAGUAGCAUCCCUCCAUACCUCUCGCCUAACCAGGACGUCAAGCCUCCGUUUCCUCCUGAUAUGAAACCAAACAUGACGUCUCUGCCUCCACCACCGACUAACCCCAACGAGGAGCUGCGUCUAACCUUUCCUGUGCGGGACGGGGUGGUCCUGGAGCCCUUUAGACUGGAGCACAACCUGGCCGUCAGCAACCACGUCUUCCACCUGCGGCCCUCCGUCCACCAGACACUCAUGUGGAGGUCUGACCUGGAGCUCCAGUUUAAGUGCUACCACCACGAGGACCGGCAGAUGAACACAAACUGGCCAGCGUCUGUCCAGGUCAGCGUCAACGCCACCCCACUCACCAUCGAGAGGGGGGACAACAAGACCUCCCACAAACCCCUGCACCUGAAGCAAGUGUGUCAACCGGGGAGAAACACCAUCCAGAUCACAGUCACGGCCUGCUGCUGUUCUCACUUGUUCGUGCUGCAGCUGGUGCACAGGCCGUCAGUGAGAUCCGUCCUACAGGGGCUGCUGAAGAAGAGGCUCCUGCCUGCAGAACACUGCAUCACCAAAAUAAAGAGAAAUUUCAGCAGUGUAGCAGCGUCCUCUGGGAACGCCACGCUGAACGGCGAGGACGGGGUGGAGCAGACAGCCAUCAAAGUGUCCCUCAAGUGUCCCAUCACGUUCCGGAGGAUCCAGCUCCCCGCCAGGGGACACGACUGCAAACACGUGCAGUGUUUUGACCUGGAGUCCUAUCUGCAGCUGAACUGUGAGAGAGGAACGUGGAGGUGUCCUGUAUGCAAUAAAACCGCAUUAUUGGAGGGUCUGGAAGUGGACCAGUACAUGUGGGGAAUUCUCAAUGCCAUCCAAAACUCAGAGUUUGAAGAGGUUACCAUCGACCCCACGUGUAGUUGGCGGCCGGUGCCCAUAAAGUCAGACGUGCACAUAAAGGAGGAUCCAGACGGACCUCUGGCCAAGCGCUUUAAGACCAUGAGCCCCAGCCAGAUGAUCAUGCCUAACGUGAUGGAUAUGAUCGCGCAGCUGGGGCCAGGACCCUCACCCUACACCUCCCUCCCCCCUCAGCAUGGAGGGAACAGCACGGAAUACGGGGGCCAAGGUAGAGGCAAUAGUUACCAGGGCCAUGGAAACUUUGACUUUCCACACGGUAACUCUGGCGGAGGAGCUCCCAUGAGCGAUUUCAUGCACGGCCCGCAGCUCUCCCACCCUCCGGACGUACCCAACAACCUCAUGGGCCCGGACAAACCUCUAGGCCAUGGCAUGCCCGACUCGAUGCCUCAUCCUGUGAGCGCUGAGCAGUCCCAUGCUUCCAUGCAGCCAGGCAUGCACGUAUCCCCCCACCCCAACAGCCAAUCAGCGCAGCCAUUACAUCACAGCGGCCCCCCAUCCUCCCAGCCCCCACGACAAGCCCCACCCCCACAGCAGCAGCCCGGCCCCAACAGCCACCCGCACGCUGACAUGACCUUCAACCCGGCUGCCGAGGGCCAGGUGGGCGGCCAGGGACCGGCAGACAUGCCUGAACCCUCUCUGGAUCUGCUUCCAGAGCUGGCAAACCCAGAUGAGUUACUGUCGUACCUAGACCCUCCUGACCUCCCAAGCAACAGCAACGACGAUCUGCUCUCCCUCUUUGAAAACAACUGACUUCUCAAAUCUUCCUUUACCCAAGGCACUGACGUGAUUGGCUGUCAGGAGUCGAGAAGCACCCUGAACACCAAAUCCAGAACUUAACAACAAGCGCAAAACACUCUUCCUCCCUCUGCCUCUUACUCGUGUAAAUAUCUCACUCUUUUAUGGACGUCCUUUUCCACACAUGUAAGGCAGCCAUGUUGGUUGGCACUAAAGUGAUAUCUUUCAAUACUAAUAUGAAAAAAAAAGACAAAAACUGUGCAGCUAUAAUCAGUUCAUAUGAAUAUAAAUAUAUAUGUCACACAGAACUGUAUGUGUGCUCACUAGGAAAGUGUUGUAGCAUUUUUUUAAAUUCAGAUUUUUUUUCCUUUUGUGAAAAGCAAGACCUGAAUAGAAAAAAAAAACACAAAAAAAAUCUUCCUGUGACUGGCGCGGGCGUGUGUGUGUGUGUGUGUGUGUGUGUGUCCACAAGCUCUGAGGUUUGUUCUUCCAAGCUUACCACCAUGGCUUCUCAAUAACCCCCCGUCUGGUGUUCUCAGCUGGAUGUCUGCACUGUUCAUCUGUCAGUGAUGAGGAUGAUGAGUCCCUUGGAAUAAAAAAGCACAAUAAGAAUUUUAUCAAACUGCAACAGGAAGACUGCAAAAGGAAACAUCAAAGGGAAGAAUGCUUGCAUCACAGUCACGGAAUGGAGAGAAUCCACAUCAGAGUGAUCUGGUACCCCAUCAAAGAGACUUAUAACGGUGGGCAAUGGAAGUCCAUCAACGCUCAUAUUCAAAUAUUCGAACAUAGAACAUGUGAACGUGUGUUCCCUCCUAGGGAAAAUCCUUCAGCUCUGCAUAUCAUUAUUAUGUGACGUGUCAUCAUCAUCAUCAUCAUCACUACCAUUUUGCUCAUCGUUGUCACUCAUGCGUGUUCAUUCAAAAAGUAUAAAACGCAAAACAAGCUCCAGAGAGCAUCCUGACAAUUCCUUACUUUUUUUUUCGUCCUUUUUUUUUUAUAUAUAUAUAUGUUUUUUGAUGAACACGCCAACACUGUAUGCCUGAUUAUAUGGUGUUACUAUACGCAUCAGUAACCAGCACUGUACCUCCUUCACCAAAUCUCCAUCAUCUCAGAGUGCUGUGGAAUCAAACUCAAAGAGGCAAGGAAAUUCAUGUUGUAAAGUAAGAAGUAAAAUGCAAUCACUUUUUAAAAGAGUUUAGUAGUUUAUAACAGCAUCUAAGUGUUCCAACAUCAGAACCGAACCCUCUAUCAGCUAGCUGUCUUUUCUGGGGGUCUUUCCCCCAUUAAUGCAUGAGCUUUAGUCCCUCCCAGGCCUGUGAUGUCUUUUAAACCCUUUAUGACGAGACUGCAUACAGUGUGUUUAAUGUGCACUUGUGCCAAUCACCCCUUGUUUUAGUGAUAGAAACGAGUGUAGACUGAUUAAUUUUUCGUUUCUUUUUUCUUUUUUUUUUUUAAUCAGUGCUUUCAGACGUGUUCCUCUGUCCUGUUUUUAUUCAGCGUUUUAAGUACAUGAACUUCGAUCAGGUAAAGGAUUCUGUUUGUUCUGCGCAGUAUAUGUUUCUCCCCUGGUGUUGUAACUCUAAAUGUACAGUGUAAUGUGCGUUUACUACGAUAUGGCCAUGUAUCACCAAAGUCCGGCGUUGUGCUUGGAGGAGGUGACCCAAACAUCUUAGCGAGGUAAUAUCUGGGGGUUUUAUGAUGGUUAAAGCAUGUGACAUCUUUAGUUCCAGCACGGCAUUUACAUAAGAGUUGUAGUUAUGAUACGGUGGUGUAUGGUACAGUACCCUUUUCUCUUCUUUACUAAUGAGUAAGUCCCUCAUUUGUAGAUGCUAUAUGUCUAUACCAAAUCAUAAAAUUCAAUUUGUUGACUGUGAGUAAACCAUCAAAAUCAUUCUUCAAACCUGGACCCAUUUCUCCUCAACACACAGCCAGUGCAAACAAAUAAUGUUUAAAAUAUAUAUAUUUUUUUCUUGUUCUGUUUUUUUUUUUUUUUUUUUGUACGCCAUCUCCUCAGCCCAGUCAGAAGUUCAGGAAAUUACACAUCUCACACCUAACAGACGUUACAGAUUACUGUGAUUACAAUUAUACUGUUCUGUUACUGCAAAGAAAAAUGCUUUGCCCCUUUUUAUUGUAAUUUAUACCCUUUGUUAAUAAUCAGACUGUACUGUAUGUUCACAAAUACGUUUUCAUGAUUUUCCAUUAGAGGUUUCUGCUGGAGCAAUACUGUCUCUCGUAUGAGCUUACAACUGAAACAAGACCAUGGAGUUUUGUUGUUUGCAUAUUUACCCCUUUUAAAACUUAUUUUGCAUCUUAAAUUAUUUUGUAUUACAUUUUUUUAGUGAGCAGUUAUGUACAGACCUUUUGUUUGUUUGUGAAAUAUUUGAAAUCCUUCGAAGGAGCAGGAGAACGCCGCAGUUCUCCACUUCUAAAUCACAUAUAUGUUUUAUUUGUCGUAUAUAUUUUAUGUAUACGGAUGCACUGUCGCGGAUUGGUUUCCACGUUUUAGACACAUGCAGACCUGAACCGAACUGAAAUCUCAAAAAUCACUUCCACUACUUGGGUCACACUUCAAGCUGAGCGUAGUCCGUGUUGUAGACCCGUCAUUUACUCGUGGUUCGUGCGGUCGCUGAGGAGAGAGAAGAGCGUAAGGCGGGGUGGAGGAGGUUGUCGCGGUGGCGGUGAAGUGAGUCGAGGCGUUUGUUCGUCCCCUACUCAGCCACAGGUCUGGAUGGGAAACGGUGUGGAAGAGUGCAGGAGCUGGAGCAGGGGACAUAAGGGAUGCAUGUACAUAUGUAAAUGACAAAUAGAGACACGUUAACAGAAAUGUAUUCAUUUUCCCCAGGGGAAUGUGCAUUGUGUAUUUAGAAUUUGUAAAGCUUGCAUCCUCCUAACAGACUCGAAUUGGGUAAAAUGAAUCUGUGUUUGUUAGCGUCUGUGGAACCUCUCGCCAUUUUCUUUUUUUCCCCACUUAUGUAAAAUAUUUCCAGCCCGCUCGACAGGGGAACUGCGGGAGGGGGAACGAGACACAUUUGUUUUGUGUAAUAUUUAGCUUAUGUGUAUUGCUCCAUUACCUGUGUACUCUAUAAGGUGCUACAAAAAAACCAUGAAGAAAAUCCUGGGGAAUAAUUUGGAGGAUAGGGACGUGGGGCCUGGAGUGGUUCCAAAAGAUUGUAACCAAAUUCAUAGUUUGUACAAUUUUGAUAUCAUGAUCAGAGAGAAACAACAAAAAAAAAAACACGACACAAAAAAAAGGUACAAUCUGAGGUGAUUGGCGCCUGAAGUGGCAGUUGUCUUUUGGUUUGUACAUUCUGUGUACAAUCAUUUCAUAUUUUAAACUGUUCAGAAGAAAAAACAACUAAUUGUGAUUUUUAGUCUUGCAAAACUGUAUGUAGUUAGAUGCUGUGACAUCCUAAUAUUUAUCUAAUAAAUAUGUAUUCAGAUGAAACAUGGUCA